ACAGAAACAAGCAAGCUACAACUUCACACAAAAUGCCUCCCGAGCGACAACCGACGCAAAAACGGCGCAGACUGCCAUUCAAGCCCCCAAGCCGGGCGUCCUCAUCCGCACCAGCACCAACAGCAGGGGCAUCAUCAUCCACAGCCACAUCCAAAGCGAACAACCCCAAGUCAAAACCAACCACCAAAGCCUCAUCCUCCUCCCAUCCCAAACGCAAGACGACCAUCAACGCAGCAUCCUCCUCCUCAUCCUCCAAACCGCGCCAACCGCGCCAACCCUCCAAGUCCACAUCCACCUCCAAAUCCAAAUCCGCCCUCCUCCCCGCACCACCCGCCUCCGACACCGCCUCAUCCCACGACGACUCCGACCAAGAACAAGACGAAGACGAAGACCCAACCCGCGAAGCGCCACCCUCAGAAACAAGAUCCCCCUCCCGCACCUCCACGCCAUCCUCGCCCGCCCCGGAACGAGACACAAACCCAGACCCCGAAUCAGAACCAGAACCAGACUACAUCCUGGCCGAAAUCACGCACGGCACAGAGCAAGAGGAAAGCAUCGUAACGCGCGAACCAGUCAUCCCGUCCAAGCUCCUGACCCGGCUACUGCACCACCACUUCCAGAACCCCAAGACGAAGGUUGCCAAGGACGCCAACAUGGUCGUCGCGAAGUACGUAGACGUGUUUGUGCGGGAGGCGUUGGCGCGCGCGGCGUUCGAGCGCAGUGAGGCGGUGGGUGAGGGCGCGGCGGUUGGGGAUGGGUUUUUGGAGGUUGAGGAUUUGGAGAAGUUGGCGCCGCAGCUUGUGAUGGAUUUUUAG